AAAAAAUUAAACAUCACUCAUAUAAUUAUGAACACCAAACUUUAAAAUAAGGGAGGCUAUUACGUCCUAGAAAAAGCUUAGAAGAAAUAAACCAAGCAAACAAGGUAACCAAAAUAAACUCAAACCCAAAAAAAAUCAUUUAAACCUUUUGAAGGAAAAGGAAUAAAAAUGAGUAAUGAUUAAAACCACUAUAACUGGAUUUGCAAACAAUGUGGAUUUAUUAAUUAAGAAAAUACCGACAUUUGUUGCAAGAACUGCCAAUUUUAGAAAUGAGUUUUCUAUAUAAUUUGUUAAAGAAUAUAAUUUAACAUUACCCAUCAACAGUCU